AUGGCGGUGCAAGUGUUAGACCCAACAGAGUACGCCAAGUUAGAGAGAGAAUUGAAGACCGCCUCACCUGUUUCUUUGUGUGCCUACAAUGACUUUAAAUUGUUAAGGAGAGGAAUACUGACUGAUAAAACAGUCCUGGUGGACAGCUGGCCAGAAUUUUCUGCUGUUGUUAUUGUUAAUAGCAAGAUUCAAAUUUUUUGCCAAUCCCUAGAAAAUUUGCUGCGACAUGCUUCCACAGUGCUAGAAUCACCUUUAGCCACUGCAGGAUGCACGAAAGAAGUGGUGGAUUCCUUGGUUAAUUUAUUUAAAUCUGCAGAAUCCAGUCUAAUUCGGAGAGGAGACAAAGCUUUUUACGUCUAUAAACUUCCUCCUGAUGAGAUUCUUCCUCUAAAAAUUCCCGAUGGAUUCAAGUUAUCUGAAUUACAGCAAACUCACGUGGAAAAUAUUCUCAAUUCAUGGCACCAUAGAGACGAAUAUGAACAAUACGCAGACUUGAGACAAUGGAUGCGUUAUCAAAUUGAUACUUUACCAACAGUCUGCAUUAAAACGGAAGACGGUCGUCCUGUUGCCUGGCAGAUUCAGUAUGAAAACACUGGGAUGGGAAUGCUAUAUGUCGAACCUGAGUACAAAAGGCUCAAACUGGGAAGUGUUGUCAAAAGGACACUAGCUCAGAAACUGGUAAAGGAUGGACUAUUGGUUUUUGCUUGUGUAGAUGACAAAAAUGAAACAUCAGUGACUUUCCAUGAAAAUAAUGGAUUCAUACGAUUGCCAUUCAAAUAUUCUUUUGAAGUUUACCAUUUAUAG